CCACCCAAAACACCCGGCAUGCUCCACGGUGCUCCCGCCAUCAGGGAAAGCCGGGCCAUAACCAUUGCAUUUUGCAGUUUCGCCUUCAGUUAACCCCUUAAAACAAUUAAAUUACAUCAACAAUGGGUACCGAAGAAGACGUUCUUCGUAUCGGGAGGAAGUUGGAUAAGUUAAUCGCAAAGAAUUCAUUCGAAAAUGCGCUGGACAUUCUGAAGUCGCUGAAGGAGCUCCCAAUGACUCUAGAUAUUCUACAGAAAACACGAAUCGGGAUGUCUGUCAACAAUCUGAGGAAAUCCAGCAAUAGUGAGGAAGUGAACGCCCUGGCCAAGUCUUUGAUAAAGAGUUGGAAGAAACUCCUGAACCAGAAUGGUGCUCCCAAAAGAUCAGACUCUACCUCAUCAGAGCCAGCGUCUGAAAAGUCUCCACCUGAAGGAAGAAAGUUGGAGAGACAGGAUUCAAGCAGCACUGCGGGGUCAUCCUUCUCUUCCAGCCAAGACAGCUUCCCUCCUGUCACCAAAACACACGACAGUGUGAGGGAAAAGUGCCGAGAGAUGCUCGCUAAUGCCUUGAAAACUGAUGCAAAACCAGAAGAUGAUUUCAACUACGAGCUCACAGCGGCCAGAAUUGAGGAAUGUAUCUUUCAAGAGUUCAAGAACACAGAGAUGAAGUACAAGACUAGGGUGCGCAGCCGUAUUGCCAACCUGAAGGAUACCAAAAACCCCGGACUGAGAGAGAAGGUUCUUCAUGGGGAUGUCAGCCCUGAAAAAAUGGCCAAAAUGACCGCUGAGGAAAUGGCCAGUCCCGAGAUGAAGGAACUUCGACAGUCCCUUACCAAGGAGGCGAUUCGUGAUGCCCAGAUGGCCACCACAGGAGGCACCCAGACAGACCUGCUCAAGUGUGGCCGGUGUAAGAAGAGAAAUGUCACCUACAAUCAAGUGCAGACACGGAGUGCAGAUGAACCAAUGACAACAUUCUGCUACUGUAACGAAUGUGGAAACCGAUGGAAGUGUUUCUGCUUCGUACACCUUGUAAUCAUGUACAACUUACUACAAGUAUUCCCUUGUCAUCUGGAUACUUUCACUUUGCAGAAAACACGAAUCGGGAUGUCUGUCAACAAUCUGAGGAAAUCCAGCAAUAGUGAGGAAGUGAACGCCCUGGCCAAGUCUUUGAUAAAGAGUUGGAAGAAACUCCUGAACCAGAAUGGUGCUCCCAAAAGAUCAGACUCUACCUCAUCAGAGCCAGCGUCUGAAAAGUCUCCACCUGAAGGAAGAAAGUUGGAGAGACAGGAUUCCAGCAGCACUGCAGGGUCAUCCUUCUCUUCCAGCCAAGACAGCUUCCCUCCUGUCACCAAAACACACGACAGUGUCAGGGAAAAGUGCCGAGAGAUGCUCGCUAAUGCCUUGAAAACUGAUGCAAAACCAGAAGAUGAUUUCAACUACGAGCUCACAGCGGCCAGAAUUGAGGAAUGUAUCUUUCAAGAGUUCAAGAACACAGAGAUGAAGUACAAGACCAGGGUGCGCAGCCGUAUCGCCAACCUGAAGGAUACCAAAAACCCUGGACUGAGAGAGAAGGUUCUUCAUGGGGAUGUCAGCCCUGAAAAAAUGGCCAAAAUGACCGCUGAGGAAAUGGCCAGUCCCGAGAUGAAGGAACUUCGACAGUCCCUUACCAAGGAGGCGAUUCGUGAUGCCCAGAUGGCCACCACAGGAGGCACCCAGACAGACCUGCUCAAGUGUGGCCGGUGUAAGAAGAGAAAUGUCACCUACAAUCAAGUGCAGACACGGAGUGCAGAUGAACCAAUGACAACAUUCUGCUACUGUAACGAAUGUGGAAACCGAUGGAAGUUUUGCUGAUCAGUAAAGAAAAGUCAAGAUGUUGACACAGCUCCCCAUGAUAAUGUGAUAAUAUUAUGGUUGGAGAAAAUGUAUGCAGUGUUGCAUACAUGUGUAGCUUCAGCACCAACUGUGAAUCAUGCACUGUAGUAGACAGAUGUUUUGAGUAAUUAUGCUUGAAAAAUAUUGAAACUCAAGGCGAUUUUAUGGUCCUCUAUUCAGAUGUCCUAAGGAAUUGUUCAGCAAGGAUUUGGAAUGGGUAACCUUGUCCACAUUUCUUACCAUAUUGGUUGAGGAACAGUACUUAAAGAUGUCCAUGUUCAGUGAGAUCACUAAAGCUGUGUGAUGAUACCAGUUCAUAUUUUAGGACACUGUAAAUACUUGUAGACCCAGGACAGUAGCUGUAUGUUUGAACAUUUGGAAUCCUGUUACAAAUCAUAUGAAUCAUUUUUAUUUCUCCUUCAAAGUAAAGUAAGUUUUUCUUCUACAAUGUCUGCUUGGAAUCACUCGCAUUGUGGGUUAUGGGUUAUAGUAAAACACAUCUCAUAGGUAUGGCUUGUCUGUAUGGAACAGUGUUUGUAAAGUCAGUUACUAGUAUGUUGUAGAUUGACGUCUACCAGUUGCAUGUUGCAUACAUGUGGGUCACAUGCUAAACAGAAAUGGGAACAAGGAAGAUAAUUUUUAGGUCUGUUAAUUCAUAUCCUCUGAUCUUCACUUACUCAAAAUUGUCUCCAGAUGCUGAUCGUGACAUAUAGGGUGUUACAGGGAACCCAAAGAAAAAAGCCAGUUGUAGAGAAAAUGGAAAGAUGAAAUGGUCAUACAGCAUGUAGGUGCAGGUAAACAUCAGAAAUAACUGCACAGUUAUUUCUGACGUCUGGAGAAUAACUGCACAGUUAUUACUGCUCCUAUUUUACCUGCAAUAUCCUGCAUAUGCAGGUGGUAUUUUGAGCCCUGACGAACAAACUUGAUAGUAGUGUCAGUUGUGGAUAAUGUGUACAACAUGAGACACCACAGACAGGGAGAGUGGUUCCUGUACAAUAAUUGUGCUGUGAUAACCCGGAGAAUGGAAAACAGGCCUCUGUGCUAAAGGUGUACAAGCUAUAAUAAUUGAUGGGAGAAACACAGAACACCUACAUGUAA